AUGUAUCAUUUAUUAAUAAAAAUUCUUUUAUUUUCUUCUCUAAUUUUAUAUCCAUUUUCUGAGGAUUGUCAUGAGGAUAACGAUGAUUAUCCUACACCAUCACCAACUUGCCCACCACCUUUUACAGUGUAUACCAAUGUGACCAACGAAUUUGAUCUAGUUCCUUGCUUUGGUAAGGGCUUCACUGUAGAGAAGAAUAGUUAUGCUGGAAUUCAAGUUGAAAGAACUAAUCCUGGAUAUUUAAAGUUUUCAUUGGCAUCGGAAAAAGGCGAUAUUAUAAGCCUGGGAAUUGAUACGAACGAUAAGAUUUUUAUCGACGGAGAGAUAUAUAAAGGCAAAUUACCGAAUAUUAAAAUUUCAAAUAUUUUUGGAGUUCAUUUUGAUAUGUUACGUAAAAAUGCUACUGAUACCAAUCCUAAAAAAUAUAAAAUUAAGCUUAGAGUAGCCAGCAAAUAUGGAGAAUAUCUCUGGGAUGAUUACUAUUCUGACGCUGAUUUUGAAAGUGUAACAAAAAUUUAUAAUUACGGAAAUUCAAGAAUGUUAAGUAUUAACUUCUAUAAAAGUUGA